AUGAAGAAUCAUCUAUUCGUUCCACAAUUUAUGACGUAUUUGAUAGAUGAAUUACUGCCAUAUUACCCUCUGUGGUCCGCGAUUCUGAUCAAAGAGUUUGAUAUUCGGAGACAUUUGAACGCUGCUGUCGAGAAUUGGCAUAAGAUCAUAAAACAUUAUCUCUUUGACGGUAAAAUGCGCCAAUUAAUACCCAGAGCUAUAAAUACAUUAGCAAAAAAUGUACAUAAUCGGUUACUACAGAGAAAAUAUGGCACCCGAACAACGAGGCAAAUGAAAAAUAGUGAGUUCAACAUUAAAGCGCAGUCUAAAGAAACAGAUAUUCGAGGGGAAAAAAUAGUUGUGAAAGAGACUUCGGAUAAUGAACUAGAUUUAGACCUCCAAACAGAAAACUGGUGUCGAAACAUAAAAUCGAUGAUGCCAUACAGUGCCUGCUUCGCUAAUUUUCAGAAAUCUCUAAUACCAACCAAGAAAAAAAGUUCCAUUGAAAAAUAUGUAGUAAAAUGUGACGAUAAGAUCGGUAAAAAACAUAUCUCGCCGAAUACCUGUGGAAUCUCAAAUCCGUGGCUUGAAACUAACAUAGAUAUUUAUCCCGAAAACUGGAGAUUACUGUCAUUUUAUGUAUCAAACAUAUUAAUAAAUGAGCAAAGUUUGAUGUCAUUGUUGCCAAAUACUAAAAUUGACGAUAAUAUUAUUAAUAGUUUUUUAAACAUUAGUAAUUCGACCAGUAUUGAAAAAGAACCACUUAUUUUUGAUCCACAGUUUUUUGUGCCGUUAUUAGACGAAUCAAAAAGAUUUGGCUUCUUUAGAUGGGCCCAAAAAAUUAAAGCAUGGACAUAUAAAAUUUGGUUAUUGCCUAAAUGUGAAAACGAUCAUUGGACACUUUUGUUAAUAGUGUUUCCAAGAAGUUUAAUAGUCUACUUUGACUCAUUACACGGAACACCUUCCAAGAAACUCAUGCGCAGACUUUGUGGAUUUAUAGAUAAACUAUUCGGCAACAAAGGUUUGCCCUCCUUUGACUGGAAGAAUUGGACAUUGUAUUGCCCUACCGAUAUCCCCAGUCAAAUUACAUCAACUGGUGCCGGAGUUAAUUGUGGUGCCCAUGUUUGCGUUUGGGGAUAUAUCAUAUGUACAAGUAGAAUAUUAGUUUUUACUGAAGAAGAUAUGCUGAACAUCCGAAAAUGGAUUUUUGAUGAAAUUGUUGGAGCAUGCGGAAAAAACAUAUCCACUACAGUAACUGUUUUCGAGGGAAACAAAGUCGAUCCAGUCAAACAUGAAUCCAAAGACAGCGAUUUAAUUAAAUUAUCACGACAAGCACCAGCAUCAUCAACAAGUACCGUUGAAUACUGUGCGUGUUUGAAACACAUGGUAUAA